AUGUUCGGCGUGACGCCGGCCAUCUCCGUGUUCGGCGUCGUCGGCAACAUCUUCAGCAUCAUCGUCCUGAUCAAACGAGGCAUGAGGAAGUGUUCCAACAUCCUGCUCGUGUCACUCGCCUUCUCGGACAUCACGUUUCUCAUAUCGUUCAACAGCGUCCCGAAGAUCAUCUACGAGGCGGUUUGGAACCACGAGUACGUCGGGUAUUCCCGGAAGGACACCGACAUUUUAUUUAUAACUUUCAAUAUUUUCACCGUGUUUGACUAUUCCUUUGGCAUGAUGGGCCUGACGAUCCCGAUGCUGAUAACCUUAGAACGUAUUGUGGUCAUCUUCUUCCCUCUAAACUUUCGCCGCAUCAUCACCCCAAGAAGAACCUGGCUGUCUGUAGCAGGCGUUGCAGUCUUUUGGGUGUCCGUCGUAGCGCCAUCUUGUUUCUGGUUGGAGGUCUCGUUCACCGUUGAUCCCUACAGAAAUAUAUCCACCGGAAUUAUCCAACGCACAACUUCUUAUCAUCAAAACUUAGCUGCCGUUUCAGCCCUCGAGGAUCUCAUCAUAUUUACCUGUUACGUCAUUCCUCUCGUCUUCACCGUCCUCGGAUCUCUCGUCAUUUCUGUAAAAGUCAGGGUUCAUUCGGCUCAACGCAAGAAGCUCACCUCUGGCAGAGGUUCGGGAAAUCGCACCACCAAGACGCUCCUGGCGGUGUGCACGAUCUACACCGUGACGACGGCCUUCUACACACUCCCGCUGUACGUCCCCCAGUACGCGUCAUCUUCGCUGACUGACGAGUCGCCGACCAACAUGGGGAAGAUCUACUACCAGAUCGCCAACAUCGUCCUCUGCGUCAACGGCUCGAGCAACUUCGUGGUGUACGUGGCUCUCAACAAGACGUUCAGGGACACCUACAAGGGUCUGUUCAAACGGAGCCGG